UGUGGCUUCCCAGAACACUGCUUGAGGGAGGCUGCCCUGUUGCACUUUGAGUCAUUGUAGUGUGUGACACUGGAGAUUUCUGGUCUGAAAGCUUACUGAAAGCCUCACCUGAUGCCUCCCUCCAUGCCCUCUGAUGCAAUCCUGGUACAUAAUUGCCAAAAGUUCAUGGAGUGGUUUAUUGACAAAGCCCUUGGACCAAAUGUAACUAGCAGGAGUCUCUCCCUUGAGUCUUUGUAUCCAUGGACUUGGAGGAAAUCCUGGCACCUGGGUGAAGAGGAUGAUUCACAAACAUGUUUUUCUACUUGUGUUUUUCACCAGGACAGAAGACCUGAACUACAGAGCCUCGGGGCAGAAAAGUAUCAGAUUCCCCCAUGGAUGAGUGGACAGCUGGUGGAAAGAGCUGUAUCUCCUUGUGACAUGUCAGGAUGGUCGCGACUGCUAUUCCCAGAUGGAACAGAGUUUUUACAAGGAUGGAGAUAUUGAGAUCGCUGCUUUUUUGCACAUUUACACAUAUGAUGUUCACAGAAUUGAGAGAAGUUUCAGCAAAUAUCGCAGAUUCAGAUGGUUUCAGUCCAAAAACUACCAGUAUGUUCUGGCCUUGGUUUUCGCUAUUGAAGAGAUCAACAAAAACCCCUAUCUUUUACCCAACAUGACCUUGGGAUUUGGUCUCUAUAAUGUCAUGCACAGUCAUAUGACUGUGAUGGAGAACCCCUUCAUCUGGCUUGUGGGACUGGAAAAGCACGUUCCUAAUUACACAUGUAGGAAACAGAACAAGUCUGUUGCUGUAAUAUCAGAAAGCAGCAUUGCUGUCCAAAUGGGGACACUGCUGGAACUCUACAAAAUUCCACAGGUGAGUGUGUAGUGAAAAAGUGGGAUAAAGUACAUCAUCUUAGGUGCCUUACUUAGAUCCAAAAAUUAAAAUGACAGAGACCUUAUACAUUUGACACAGUAUGUGAUCUAAAGAGAAGACGUGCAGAGAUUUUGUGGAUUAGCCACAUUUGUUCUGAAGAAGAAGUGUGGGUGAGUAAAAAGGAGAAAUGUUUUUGCAACCUGUGAGUCUAAUGAUUCAUGAACUAGGAAGCUUUUAUGUACUGGGAAAUGAUAAAAAUUAAAUAUUCUAAAAUCUGACACUUCCGUUAUCUGCUUAAUUUUUUCAGGAAUAAUGUUUUACACUAUGACAAUAACCUUACACAGAUUUCUUGCCUUUUCCCUUAGCUGACCCUUGGGCCUUUUGAACCUCUUCUGAGUGACAGUGGUCAGUUUCCUUCCCUCUAUCAGUUGGCACCCAAAGACACUUCUCUGGCCCAUGGCAUGGCCUCCUUGAUGCUCCAUUUUGGGUGGACCUGGGUGGGUU